UCGACGGCUUUGCGUUGCGCAUGUUUACUAGUCGGUACGGCCUAUUGUAUAUAUACCAACACCACACAUUAGUCCGGUAUAUCACCCAUUCCUGUCACAGUUCUUCAACCUGUUUAGCGUUUUCUACGAUUUUAUAAUUCGACUCGACAAUAUGACCGACACGUUAGUAUCCAGUCCAACUGCUCCGGUUGUUUCGUCGCCGGCUCUCAAAAAGAAGGCGACCACCGCUGCCAAAAGUGCUGCCAUGAAGAAGCCCGCAGCCGCACAUCCGCCGACAUCUAUUAUGGUUACUUCAGCAAUCAAGGAACUGAAAGAGCGCAAGGGAUCGUCUUUGCCUGCCAUUAAAAAGUAUUUGGCCGCCAGUUAUCAAGUCGAUCCAGCUAAGAUGGCACCAUUCAUUAGGAAGUUUUUGUCCGCUGCUGUAACGAACGGCGCCAUCCUUCAAACCAAGGGUCAUUAUAAAUUGGCCGUCGCCGAAGCCAAACCGAAAAAAAACAAAGUGGUUAAAAAGCCGAUUGCGAAAAAAUUGAAGCCCGCCCCCGCCAGUACGCCUAAGAAGAAGAAAGUUAAAAUUGCCUCCGGUGAACCAGCCGCUAAAAAGGCGAAAAAGACUUCGACCAAGGCCCCUAAGAAGGUGGUCGUUAAACCAAAAAACGCCCCGGCUAAGUCUACUGCUGGUAUACCCAAAACACUUAAAAAGACUGUAGUUAAGAAGGUCAUUAUUCCAAAGUAAAAGGUUCUACAUCCUACUUUUAUUACUGUUCUUAAAAAGGCCCUUUUCAGGGCCACCAGUGCUACUCACUAACUUUGAUUUUAUUGUAGCGCAAAACUGUAUUCUGUUG